AUGGAAGUGAUCAAUUAAAAAUGCCAUAAAUAUAGCGAAGGAUGGUCUGAGAGAGAAUUAUUAGCUAAAUAAAGUAUAAAUAUAUUUUUUAAUUUAAGAAUUAUCGACCAGAUUAACUAUUUUAACUUUGCUUUUUGCAAUUGGAUUAAUCAUAAUAUCCUUAGUAUUUUUCAAUAAAUAUUCAUUUACUAUAAUGUUGCUUUUAUUAAUUUCAGCGAUAUUCUCACUGAUAUUAUGUGUAAAAUUAUAUGUUAAUUUGAAUUUAGGGUAUCAUUUUUUAUUGGUUUAAUACAACUACAGUAAGAACAUAAGAUGAUCAUUAAUAAUCACAUGAAGUCUUGGAUGUGGAUUAAAGAUUCUCCAUUGCAGUAUUUUUGGGAUCAUUCUUAAAUAUUUUAUUUAACUGUUUUUUAUUAGUGUUUAUAGUAUUUUGGUAUAGGAUAGGAAAAGAUUUUUAUUUAGCAAGACAUUAUGAUAGUUAAACAACACCUACAUAAUAUAUGAGUUAUUAUACUUAUGGAUUAUACAUAGCAAUACCAAUUAUGAUAAUAAUUAGUUUAAUGUUAAUGUAUGUAGCAUUUACUAGUUAUAUCACAAUUUAAUAGAAGAAUUAAUUAAGAGUAUGUAUCUAUGUUUUUUCUUUAACAACUAUCAUUAUAGCUUCAUUUGCACUACUUUAUUCAAAUUAAGUAUUAUCAGAUUUAGCAACUCCAUAUUCACCUGUUACAUCUAAUCGUGCAUUUACAAUCUUUUAAAUUUUAGCUGUUGGAGCAAUAAUCACAGCAUUAAUAUCUUUUUUAUUGACAUUUAUAUAUAGAAAUGAUCUUUUUGAAACAGUAGGUUAUGCAAAUCUUAUAAUAAUCUUUUUGAUUGCAGCUUGUUCAUUUCAUGUAAUCAGAUUAAGUGAAUAAGUUAGAACUACAUAUAUUAAUGAAUGUACAUAAUAAAUGAGAAAUACUCAUGAAAGUUGGAUAUAAGAAAAUGCUUAAUGUAAAAAAUAUUUAGAAAAAAUGUAAUGUGAACCAUAAAAUUAAGCUAUAUCAUGGGAAAAUGAUUAAACUUAGAAAUGUUUAAAUGUAUCAUGUUGUAAUGCAUUUUCUGAUUCAAUUUCAUAAAAUUUAUUCAAAGCUGGUUUUUCAAUUUUAUUACUUGUAAUAAGUGGAUUUGCUUUAUCAAUGGCUUUAUUAUAAGUAGAUACAAGUGUUAAGACUUAAUAAAUACCAAAUAGAACUUUAGAUUGGAUAUUUGUAUUAAUUACAAUAAUAGUUUUAAUCUUUUCAUUAUUAUUAGUGUUUUCUGUACCCAAAAUACCUCAUUAAAUUGAUAAUAUAAUUGUUGAAAAUUAAAAAGUAAUUAAAUAAAAUAAAACUCCUCUUGUUUAUCCUACAGGAAUUGAAAAUGUAACAGGAUGUGAACCAUUAAUGACUGUUUUUAAAUCAUAAAAUAAUAAUAAAGACAUAGAUUUAAAAGGAAAUUCUAGAGUUACUAUAUUGGCUCCAAAAAUGUAAGUUGUAGUUACUGAAUAUGUUAAUUCUCCUAAUGUAUCAUAUAUUCCAAAAUUAAUGAUUAAAAAUAUUCUAUAUCCUUAAGCUAAUGAAAAUACAGAUGGAAUGUUUGGAGUUUAAGGUAAUAAAGAUGAAAUCAAAAAUAUAUUAUAAAAUCAUGUUCAAAUUUGUAGUGAAGGAGAUAAAAAGAUAUAAAUUGAUAUUUAUGAAAUAGAAACUGCUAAAAAUACUAGAUUAUUAUGGUAAAGACAUAGAACACAUGAUGAAGAAAAGAAAUUCUCUUAAAAUCAAAAAGAAUACAUUAAUAAUCUUAAAUUUACAAAUCUUUAAGUCAAUAUAGUAGAUAUAGAAACAGGAUAAUAAUUAAAUGAUGUCAUUUUAUAUUUCUAUAAAAAUGAAGAUGAUUGUGGAAAAAUUAAACCUAUUCCAUCAAGAUUGAGUAUAAUAUUUAUUUAUAAUUAUUUUAGUUACUGUAGAUUAAGAUAGUGUUUUAUAUAAUAUGGUUGUCAAAGAAUACUAUUUUGGAGCUGAAAAAAAAGGAUAUUAUUUAUAUUGUAAUAAAUUCAAAAACACUUAAGAAACCAAAAGUUUAGAAGUUACAAUGAUACCUAGAUCUACAAUUAAAGGUUAAUUUACUGUUGUAUUGGAAACACCAAAACAUAAUAAAUUUGAUUUAUUACUUGGUGCUUCAUACACAGAAUGUACAGUUGGUUUCUUCAAUGAAAAUUGUGGAGGUAUGAAAUUCUAUGGAAGUGAAAAUGCUCAAGCAAUCUAUGUUAAUUAAUUAGCAGAAAGAAAAUAUACUUUCUUUGUUGCAUUUGAUCCAUUAGAUCCAAAAUUAAAAGAAUUAAAUAUUAAAAAAUAAUAAGGACAUUCUAUUGAUACAUCAACUAUUGAUAAUGAUCCAAUUUUCAAAGAAAUUAAACCAAUUAUAACUCUUUAUGCAUCUGAACAAGAAAGACCCAUCAUUAGAUACUAAUUACCUUAAGUUAAUAAUCUAAAGAAUGAACCAAAUUUAACUUGGUUGGCACUUUGUGUAGAUGGAAGCAUAGGUGAUAUUUCAUAAAAGUCACCAGCAUAAUUUUGGACUUAUUCAGCUAAUCCAAAUAAAUUAUAAAGGCCUAAUAAUUCCAAAGAAAUAUAUCCAUAGAUAUGCAAUAAUAUAUGA